GCAAGAAGAAUCUACAAGGAAAACAAUCAGAUCUGUACUGCAUCAAGAUGACUUCCAUCCUGCGCUUUAUUUUCACUGUCGUUGUGGCUCAUAUUGUGUCUGUGAGCAGCUCGGCACAAAACAUCAAUCCAGACGUAGUCAAAGUAGCCAACUUUGCCAUCAUUGAACACAAUCGCAUGAGCAGUUAUGCUUAUGCACUUAAAGUAGUGGACAUCCUAUCUGACUCUGCUCAGAUUGUCCCUCCUUUAGGGGUUAAAUACUCCAUUGAAGUGCGUGUAGCUCCAACCACUUGCAGAAACAAUGGAAGUGUGAACCUGGAGGACUGCAGCGUGAUGGCUAAUGCACAGAUGAUGAUUUGCAACUUUGUGGUAAUGGCAGUUCCAGGAGAAAACACACUGCCCAAACACCUUCUGUCACAGCAGUGUGCCUGAUUGUUUUACAUGAUAAAUAUUAAAUAUUGAAUAUUGAUUGAAGGUCAUGACAGUGUUAAGAUAUCAUUGAUUUCAUGCAGUACAUUGUUGUUAAGCAUCAAGCCUUAAAUUUUGUCAUUUAAACAUAUUCUUGACCCAGUUUUUGUUUGUAUUAAUUUGGUCACCUUUUUAUGUGUGCUUGUCUCCUUUCUUGUUAUUUGCUUUUUAGCCACAGUAUUGUUCUACCUUGAUUAAA